AUGGAAGACAGUCAACAAUUAUUAGAAGAAAUUGUUUUACCCGAUGAAAUUCAACGUUAUCGAACUGUUUAUGAAAAAGCUCGAGAAGCUAAUCAAAUAACAGACCAAAAUAAAUUUUCAUUUGCUUAUUGUCUUGUACGAAGUAAAGCUAAAGCUGAUGUACGUCAUGGCUUACAGUUAUUAAAAGAACUCUAUGAUUCAACAACGAAAGAUAGUGAUAAACGAGAUUAUUUAUAUUAUUUAGCACUUGGUAAUGCUCGAUUAAAUGAUUAUGAAACAGCAUUAAAAUUUCUUGAUGCUAUUCUACAUGUUCAACCUGGUAAUCAUCAAGCAAAAAAUCUUAAAGAUGAAGUUAACCGACGAAUGACACGCGAAGGAUAUAUCGGUGCUGGAAUUGCUGUAGGUGCAGGCGCACUUGUUAUUGGAGGUAUUGCUGCUGCUGCCAUUGCUCUUCUUAAGAAAUAA